UGGCCUCACAGAGCUGAAAUGAACAUCUUUACUAAGGUUCCAGGAUUAGCCCAUCAAACCAGCAAGCUGGGGUCCGUGCUCCAACGUUCCUUCUACGCGUCCAGUGGACGGGUGACCCUGUACGAGCAGCGGAACUUCACAGGGCGCCGACUGGACCUGACCGCCGACUGUCAGAAACUGAGCGACAAGAACUUCCCGGAGAGAUGCAACUCUGUGCAAGUGGAGAGUGGAGCAUGGGUGGGGUACGAGUACGAGAAUUUCCGAGGCCGGCAGUACCUGUGGGACCUGUCAGACCGGGGGGAGUAUAACAGCUGUGACAAGUGGUGUGCAUCAAUGGACCACAUUUCCUCUGUGCGCUCUGUCAGACAGGACACCUCUCCCCCCAGGGUGCAGCUGUUCGAGAGGGCUGGGUUCUCCGGGAGGAAGACGGAGCUGCAGGACGACAUUCCCAACCUGAUGAGCCGCUACGGCAUCAACCGCGCGGCAUCCAUCCGCGUCCUCGGAGGAGGCUGGGUGGUAUACCAGGAACCCAACUACAGAGGCCCUCACUACGUGCUGGAGAAGAAAGACUUCAACAACUACUCGGACUGGGGUGGGCAGAACAGCACCGUGGGCUCCAUCCGCAAGAUCUGCUUCAGCUGAGAGACGGCCAGCCCUCCAGUGAAGAACUCAGCCACAC